AUUUCAAAUAUUCUCGGGGUUGUUUAUGUAGGAGCAUUCAUCAUAAAAUAUAUUAUCAUUCAUUCUAGUCGCUAUUAUUAUGGAAGAAGGGAAUUGCGAAAAUAAUUCGCAGACUAGUGGCCCAGCAAGAAAUUCGGUUAUUGAGCAAAAUAAUGUGAAUGAAGAAGAAAAAGCCGGCAAUUGUUAUUGCGGUAAAGAUCGCAAUUUGAAUAUCAUUGAAUUGCUUUGCAUUAACUGCAGAUCAUGGAUCCAUGAAUCGUGCAUCGGCUAUCAAUUGGGAAGGCUUGUACCGCUUAUCAGCAAUUAUAUUUUUCUGUGCAAAAAUUGUUCUCAUAACGGUUUAGAAAACUUUAGAAGAAGCCAAGCUACUAUACAGCAGAUGUGCCAGACUGCCAUAGCUAAUUUACAGCAAAACUCAAUAAAAGAUGGGAGAGCGAAAAUUAUAUUUAGCAAGGAUAAGGAAAUAAUUCCCUUUAUUGAACAAAAUUGGGAGAGUAUGACUACUAUGCCGAGGAGGGUUACACAAUCAUGGUAUUCCACAGUUCAACGCUCCUUAUUAAAAGAUGUUAAAACUCUUUUCACAUAUGAAGAGAAUGCCGAUGAUGGGCUCAUGUUUGGUUUAGUUUCUCAAGAUUUAAGACAGAUUAAACCGAACUAUGAGUCGAUUGGAAAAGGCUGCGCUCUUAGAUUUGCCGGGGAUGGGUAUGCUCAAGCUAAUCUUUCGAAAAAUAGUCGACAGAAUAAGAGAAAGUUUCUAAGUUCAGAUACAGGCCCAACAGGUAAAAAAGGGCGCCCAAGCUCUGAUAUAACAGCCGUCAAACUACCGGCACAUGGUUACCCGUUGGAGCAUCCCUUUAAUAAAGACGGUUAUCGUUACAUAUUAGCAGAACCCGAUCCUCAUGCCCCUUUUCGUCAAGAGUUCGAUGAGUCUGCCGAUUGGGCCGGUAAACCAAUACCUGGUUGGCUGUAUCGUACUUUGGUUCCAAACAAUGUGUUGUUAGCAUUGCAUGAUCGGGCUCCACAAUUAAAAAUAUCCGAGGAUCGCCUAGCGGUAACCGGCGAGAAGGGCUACUGUAUGGUCCGAGCCACACAUUCUGUAAAUCGGGGGUGUUGGUAUUUUGAAGUAACAAUUGAAGAGCUCCCGGAGGGUUCGGCAACUCGCAUAGGUUGGGGUCAGGAGUAUGGAAAUCUUCAAGCUCCUUUAGGUUAUGAUAAGUUUGGGUAUUCCUGGCGUUCUCGUAAAGGUACACGAUUUAGCGAGAGCUCUGGGAAACACUACAGUGAUUCUUACGUCGAGGGUGACAUUUUGGGAUUCUUAAUCGAUUUGCCGGAAGAAAAAGGUGUAAACUAUCUGCCGAAUACUUUCAAAGAUCGACCUCUAGUGAAAUUCAAAUCUCACCUGUAUUAUGAGGAUAAAGAUAACGUUCAAGAGACUUCAGACAAUUUAAAUGUUCUUCGGGGCAGUAAAAUAGAAUUUUUUAAAAACGGUCAAUCGCAGGGCAUUGCUUUCACCGAUAUAUAUGCUGGCUCAUAUUAUCCUUCCAUAUCUAUACAUAGAAAUGCCACAGUUAGUAUAAAUUUUGGACCCAACUUUAAAAACUCAAAUGCACUGUCUAAGCAUAGAGCCAAAGGAAUGUUUGAACGUGUCGAAGAAUUGAUAUCGGAACAAGUCUUUUCAGAUUUGUUAUAUCUAACUGAAAAUGAAGGAAGAUUACGUUUGGAUAAUUUUAAUGUGUAAUAUUUUAUGUGUAAUGAUAACUCCGUCUGAAGCACUAAGAGUUUGUUAGUGUAUCACGCCUUUCUACCAAAAGAAAGCACAAAUGAAACAAAGUAUUUCAUUAGUUCUUUACAACAUUGAAAAAGCAAUAUCGGUAUUAAACGUUGCCGACAUAGAGUGCUUUGAAAGAAAGUAAAGUUUUCCGAAUAUAAAAGCAAAAUAUAUAAGCGACAAAUCAAAUGACGGAACGCACUCCUUCUUGUAAAUGAUUAUAUGUGUAUUUGCCUUCUAAAAAAAAAGAAAAUAGUUGUUUUACUUUGUAUACGCAUUUUUCUU